AUGGCUCCUAAGCGAGCGACGGCUCGUGGCUCCCGGGGUGGACGGUGUGGUAGCACCGUCACCAGAGGAAAAGGGGUUGGUCGGGGAAGUGGGACGGGGAAGGUCACCUUCUCACUCCUGGAGAGUGAGAAGGGAGAGGAGAAUGGAGGUGAAAGCCCCGUCGCUGAACGGUGGACUGUCGGGUGUAGGAUCCUGCUGAGCGGAACCUACCCCGGCAAGGGAAAAGACAGAGCCUACUGGCGUAGGCAGCUGGGAUGGCUCGGUACCAAGAACCAAAGAAUACACCACCGAUACGAGGCGGUUGGUGACCCGACCAGUCCAAAAAACGACCGCCGCCGAUACCUCUGGGUCCUGGAGAAGGGCGAGUGGAUCGGCAAGGGCGAGUGGAUGGAGUAUAAGGACCUUAUCCUUGAGUGUAGCCGCGCGGGCACGCGGCCACACACUUGGAAAGGCUUCCUUGCUGGACGGACCAGCGCGGGCGCUGGGUAA